ACUUGGUUAAUUUGAUAGGUAGAUUUGCAUAGAUUCAACCUGUAACGGUGAUGUAGGCGAAAAAAUAUUUUUAUGAUAUUUCUAUAUAUUGUGAACAUUUAAGAGAAAUAAUGCAUUUUUUUCCGAAAUGAAAACAGUAUGUAAGUUUAUCAAACAUAGGUAAAACAUGGUUUACACCUGUGGAUAUUUGUAUUGAACGCUGGCAUGGCACGCGCUGACGGUGUUAGUGUAAUUUCUCUCAGACUGUAUCAUUCACUAGUGGAAACUUGUUACUAUCAGGACGUCCUAACCUGAUAACAAACACAAAUAACCUAGGAUAAAACGCACAGAGACAGACGGCAGCAAUUUUGAGAGCUGAUGAAAAUACCGAAAUUGAAACUCUUGGGAUGAAGUGUUGACGGUUAUAUGUGUGGAAUUUACGUAAUCUCUGGAUUAGACUAUCAAUCUCGUUCUACGACUGUGACAGAAUUCCUGGAAUAACCGUGCAGUUAUUGUUUUUACAAUAAUGGAGCUUGUGACGCGAAGUUCUAAUUUGAACUCUCUGUGGUCUAUAGUGUACUGUUGUGUUGCGCUGGCUGUGCAUUGUUACGUCACAUAUCAAGGUGUGUCACGUUACCGGAAGUUAAACAAUGAGGAUUUAUGGGGUGGUGAAACGCCGGGUGAACUUCGGACAUACAUUGCGCUGAUUGUUUUAGCGCUUUUAUUUCUACCCCUCUUUAUUUUUUUCUCGUUUUUAAAAGUUGGAAAUACAGCCAAUGAUGGAACCAAACUAGGCAGGGACCAUGCCCUAGAUGCGAACUCUAAUACACUGGGGUCCAAGAUUAAAAAUGAACGAUUCCGUCAUUUUUGGGAACAGUCCCCUCCAUUCUCCCCUUUGCUUCAGAUGUUGUCUGCGUUUCUCGUGCUUCUACCGGAAAUGGUUUUAACAGCAGCAGAAGUAAAACAUGGAAUAAUGGCAUCAGAUGCCGUUUGGACGUGUAACCUUGACUUUCUGUUCGAAACUGAGCGCGCGGGAACCAGCAACAUUAUUGGCCAAUCAAACGUGACGGUUCUUUCAAACCUUUCUUUCUACGUGGUGCCCACACCAAAACCUCCUGUCGGCGGCUGGACGCAUGAUUCUACUUUACACGUGGCUUAUGUAUACAUGUCAGCCAGCUUGAUCAUGUUCGCCAUCCGAUAUUCGGCAGUGUUCUGGUUUACAAAUAAAGUAUUCAGCGCCAUAUUUGCGACCCAGUUACUAUUCUUGGCAGUGGAAUCGCUCUUUGCGCAUUGUGGCAUAGAAAUUCUGUACAAGCUCUCGAUAAAUUUUGAGCUGUACAAAGAAAAUAUUAACAUUAUUCUAUCACCUGGUGUCGUCCUUUUUCUGUACAUAUUGAGCGGGGCAAUACUUAUAUUCUCAACAUUUUUCGUAUACAGCUACGGUGCUAUAUAUUUUCAAAAGAAAUUUGCUAUAAUUGAUAAACGCCAUCAUCCGGAAACAUACCGGAAAGAGACGGUGAUAGUGCAAGGUAGUUGUCAGGAUUAUAGAACUCAUACUUCUGCAAUGGUAUCUCUUGUCCUUUUAGGAAUUCUAAAAGGACCAAUUUUAUAUGACCUUGUUAGUUUAUAUAGAGAAACAAAAGACUCGCUUAUAUUAUCAGUUAUUGUUGUUGACGUUUGUUAUCUUGUAUUCUGGGUAAUAUUCUGGACAAUACUUACACUGAAGCAGCAAUGGCAGUUCAGAAUUCUAGACUAUAUCCCAUUAAAUCAGCCUGUUUUUAUGAUAUCCAAUGAAAACAUUGUAAAAAGCGCAUCAUAUCACGGCGGGUCAAUCGAACUUCAUGAAUCAUGUAAGAAAAAACGCCCAAGCUCUCUUCCGAGCGAUUUAACAACUAGUGAAAGUGGGUUUGGGGAUGCAAAUUCAUCAGAAGAUGAACGAGAUAGAUUUGAAAUCACUUUACCAACACUUGCCGAAGUUCCAGGUUUGGUAUAUUCUAGGAGGAAAGGUUCCACGCACUCUUUAGAUAGAAGAAGUCGUAAUCGUAGAAACGGGAACCAGAGAGUUACAUUUCACGAAACAGUUAAACGUAGUACGUCUACAGACAGCGAAUUAUGUGCAAGGCGACAGCUUAAUAUUGCAGCAGACGUGCAUGGCGGACGCCAUUCCUCAAGACCGCGUUCUCGAUCUGGCAGAGACGAAAGGGCAGCAACACCAUUAGAAAUUCUUAGUUGCCAGAGACCGGGAUCCAGAAAUUCAUUUGGAGCGCCCCCUAGUGGCCCGGGACCUGCUGUUUUAAACAAUGCUUUAUAUAAACAUAGUACGUCAUAUUCGGAUCUAGGAAGUACAAGUGAUUACAGUGAACAAUCAAAGUCCAUCAAUACACCUGACAAUAGUUUAGAUUAUAACGAUCUGACCAUUAAAAAUGACUAUGCAUAUGGUGCAAGGCUCAAUCUGAAGUCCUCAAAUAUGGAAACACAAACCCUUUCGCCAAAUAACAGCAGUAAUGGCGGCAGAUACACUGACUCUAAUAAAAAACCAAUGAACGGGACCCAAACACAUUCGCCAGUGAAAGAUACAAAUAAAACUGUUCAAAAUGGAGAGAAAAGAAAUAAUGAACAAAGUCGGAACCGUCUCAGUCCUCGAACUAUCGAGUUUAUAGACAAAAAUCACGAAAUUACUCUGGGAAGACGAGAUUCUGCAAAUUAUUCACUGACGUCAUCACAGGAAACUGCUUCAAACGAUUCUGAUCAGGUUCACCAGACGCUUUGUAGCCAACAAAAGCCAGCAGGUUGAUGCUACGUUUGGGAGACAGAAGGCAAAAUUGAUGUAGUGAAACAAAUCUAUUUCUAUAGUAAAACGCAAAGCAUGUGUUUUGUUAAUAAAACAAACACGGAGUCAUUUUCAUAAAUACAAGAACCGCGAAACACAGGGGCAGACUUAAUCAAGAAAACUCAAGUAAUACUGUGCUAUUGAUAAAACAAACACGGAAACAUUUGCGUCUGUGCUGUUGAUGAUCUUUCAUUGUAAUUCCUCGGAUAUUAUUCAUAAUGUCCUUAAGUUUGGAGGAAAGGGCCGAGAAGAUGCGAUUGGAUAACCGAACACGGGAUAAUUUGUAUACGUG